AUGGCAACGGAAGCAUCGGAGAGUGGAACAACCCCACACGCCUACAUCUAUGCACCCGUAUCCGCACACACAGCACAUGUAAACGCAAGCGCACAAGCACAAACACAAGCAUUGCCAGCGUUCCCUCAUCCCACCUUGCCUCCCAAACCUCCCUACUCAGUCCCUGACCACGCCUCCCGGCGACACUCUCUCCCUCUCCACUUCCUCCCACCAGGCCUCUGGAGUUCCAAUACAUCGACUGCGAGUCUGGUAGUCGAGUCCGAAGAAGCAGCUCGAGGAGAGCAUAUUCUGGACGAGGCCACUGUUGCUCAUCGAAUCUCGGCUCUCCGCCAGCUUAAUGGUGCAACACGGUCUGGCCAUCGAUACGCCAAGUCAACUGGGGCACGGAACAGCACAUUCAAUCAACCUGUGAUUGUGCGGACAUAUUCGGGGACAGCCAGACCACGGUCUGAGCAGCGGGAUAUUGUGAAGGCGAAGAAGGAGAAUGGGCACGCUUCAGUAGUACUAGCCAAGAUGGACCUCAAAAUGCCACCUGUGGAAGCUUUUAGCUUCAAAGGAAUUAUGGAUGAGAUACGGCAUGGAGUUGCGGAGGACUUGGAGAGAAUUGCUGAGAUUUGUGCCCGGAGCAAAUACAGUCUUAGUAAUCAGUACGAGGUACACAUGCCCCCUCAUGGUCGUGGGGAGCCAUUUCUAUCAACUACAAGUCUAGUUCCUGGACCGAAUCCGAACGGCGGGCCGACACUGCAAGCGAUUGGGUCAGAUGAGGAACAGACGAGGCAUAUUGGUAGAGGCUCAAGAGGCGGGAGACGACCGAAGUCAGUGGCGUAUGGUACCCUUGAAACAAUCAUGUCAUCGUCAAAAUCGUCGGAGGAAGAUCAAUCCAAGAAGAAGCCUGCAGCUGAAAUAGCAGAAGAAGUUCGAGGAAGGGCAGCCAGAAAAGAGCUGCAAAAGGAGGCUGAAGUGGUGGAUGAUAUAAUUGAGCCCAGCCGUCCGUCACACGAACGCCCUAUCAAACAUGUUCGAUCCAAGUCCGCCACGUUUGCUUCGGUGGUAAUUGACAACGCACAAGGCUCUAAGCACGAUGCUACGACUCAAAUGGUGUCGCCAACUUCGUUAAUCAGCGAGCCUGCUAGGCCGCAGACGUCGACUACAGAAGAUAUCAAUGUUCCUAUCUUAGAUCAGCCUCUAUCGCCGACACUGCGAAAUCUGACGUUGCAGAAACCGGCGACAAUACAGAACGUAUCCAGGGCGUCAACGCUGAGGCCAGAACUCGAGGGCCGGCCUUCAAUACUAGGGAGUAUUACUUCUUGGCUACCCUGGAAUAGGACAUCAGAAGGAAGAACGUUUCAAGGCAGAAUAAGAGGUGCUUCUCAUGCUGAAGGGAGUUUGCGAGACUUACUAAGAUCAACCGAUGGUGAUAAAAAGGGAAAGAAUAUCGAUCGGAUCGGAUGA